AUGGACUCAAGCUUUUGCCAGGCCGGCUGGAACGCCGAACUCGAGGAUCGAGAGGUCGGUGUUUGCUGGAAUGUCGCCAGGCGGGUCUGGUCAUGGUUUUCCCUCUGCGCGUACUUGGGAUCUGGGGGCUCAGGCUUGCAACGCAUCAACGCAACGUUCAACUUCAAGAAUAGAAUCAAGUACAACACACAACAUAUUGAUAUCAACUUCAAAUAUCUCACAUUUUCAUUUCCUCCCUCCAAGUCGUCUUUGUUCUCUCUCAGUUUCAUCUUUUCAUCGCCAAAAUACGCGGGCUCUACCUAA